GCAAAGUCACAGCCAUCACAGCUAACGAUAAACAUGGCUGAUGACAGUGAUGGUGAAGGUUUUCCUCUUCAUAAAGCUGUAUUUGAAAAUGAUUUACAGGGUUUAUCCCGUUUAAUAAGAAAGAUUGACGUUAGUACCAAAGAUAAACAUGGAAACACAGCAUUACACUUGGCUGUUAUGCUUGGGCGAAAAGAGUGUGUACAGCUAUUAUUGAAACAUGAUGCUCCUGUGAAAGUAAAGAAUGGUCUUGGAUGGACAGUUUUAUCUGAAGCAGUAAGCUAUGGCAAUCGUCCCACAAUUUCAUCACUUGUGAGAAAAUUUAGACAACAGUCUCGUGACCAAAUGGAAGACAGACGUCCAAAUCUAGCUGAGGCUUUAAAUAGAAUAAGUGACUUUUAUAUGGAAUUAAAAUGGGAUUUCCAGUCUUGGGUUCCUUUAGUAUCCAGGAUUUUACCAUCAGAUAUCUGUAAAAUUUAUAAGAGUGGAGCCAGUAUUAGAUUAGACACUACACUUGUUGACUUUUCAGACAUGAGGUGGGAGAGAGGAGAUAUUUCCUUCAUAUUUAAUGGUCAUGCUAAUCCCAAUGAAAGUCUCACUGUACUUGAUAAUAUAUCUAAAGUUUUUCAAAAAGUUAGGCAGGAGGAAAAUGAAAUGGAAAUAGAGGAUGAAGUAGAUUUGUUGAUGUCUACUGAUAUAUUGGCAGCUCAAAUUUCAACUAAAAGCAUAUCUUUCUCCAGAGCUCAGAGUGGGUGGAUUUUCAGAGAAGAUAAAAAAGAGUUGGUUGCAGGUCAAUAUGAUAGUGAGCUAUACAUUGUACAUGGUUUGAUGCUGGAGAGUAGGAAAAGACGAGAACACCUUUCUUCAGAUGAUCUCCAGAAAAAUAAAGCAUUACUGGAAAGUUUUACGAAAGGCAGUAAUUUUCAAAGUUUUGGACAAAAUGGAGCUCCUUUGAGGAGAAAUAGUUUGGUGCCCCCUACUGAAAAAAAAGUCACCUGGGACAACUACAUAAGUUCUGAUGUAAAUAACUAUCCUAGGUUAGGUAGAGACCUUGUAUAUAAAGAGUCAUCAAAAUCAUUCAAAGCUACUAUUGCAAUGAGCAACGAGUUUCCUCUGUCCGUUGAGAUGCUGUUGAAUGUGUUGGAAGUGAUAGCACCUUUCAAGCAUUUUUCCAAACUAAGAGAUUUCAUCACAUUUAAACUCCCCAGUGGUUUUCCAGUGAAAGUGGAAAUCCCAAUUUUGCCAACUGUGACAGCAAAAAUCACAUUCCAGCAUUUUGAGUUCAGAGACGACAUUCCCAAACACUUAUUCAUGGUACCAAAAAAUUACAUCGAAGAUCCAACCAGAUUCCCAGACUUAUGA